UGGCCCAUCCUGGGCCAGCUUGUCUUUUCCUCCAAAUUUCAGAAGUUGGAAACAUUUAAACCUCCAAAGGAUAUUGACUUAAACUCGCUUCAUCUCCAGAAGCCUCUGGCAUCUACUUGGACCAAGACCAAUAGCCAGUUCCUCUCUGGUCCCCCAAAAUCAAGUAGUUUCUUCACUCCACUCCAGAAAGAGCUCUUCUUAAUUAUGAAUUCUUACCAAGAUCUGUUCUACCCAGAAAGGACUGCCCUGAAGAAUGGGGAAGAGAUCCGCCACGUAUAUUGCUUGCAUGUGAUUAAUCAUGUCCUCAAAGCCAAUGCCCAGGUGCUAGGCAACAAUAGCAGACGCCGAAGCCAGAAACUUGGGGUGGGCAACGAUGAUGACUUCAGGGACCAAGGGCUAACAAGGCCCAAGGUACUGAUAGUGGUACCAUUCCGGGAAGCUGCCUUACGGGUGAUACAGCUUUUCAUCAGCCUCCUCGAGGGUGACAGCAAGAAGAAAAUCAUUGUAAGCAACAAAAAGAGGUUUCAAGGAGAAUAUGGAUCAGAUCCUGAUGAAAGACCACCGAACCUGAAGAGGCCUGAGGAUUAUGAAGCCGUGUUUGUGGGCAACAUUGAUGAUCACUUUAGGAUAGGAGUGGCAAUACUUCAGAGAAGCAUUCGGCUCUAUGCCCCCUUUUACUCCUCAGACAUUCUCAUUGCCUCCCCUCUGGGCUUGAGGACUAUCAUUGGGGGAGAAGGAGAGAAGAAGAGAGAUUUUGACUUUUUGUCUUCUAUUGAGCUUCUCAUCAUUGAUCAAGCUGACAUUUACCUGAUGCAGAACUGGGAGCAUGUCCUGCAUUUGAUGAACCACGUGAACCUACUGCCCUUGGACUCACAUGGAGUAGACUUUUCUCGAGUGCGGAUGUGGAGCCUCAAUAAUUGGUCCAAGUACUAUCGCCAGACACUGUUGUUUGGGGCCUUGCAGGAUGCCCAGAUCAACUCCGUAUUCAACAAGUACUGCAUCAAUUUACAAGGCCAGGUUGCUGUGAGGAAUGUCCCAAUGACAGGCUCCAUCAGCCACGUGUUGGUGCAGCUCCCACAUGUCUUCCAGAGGAUGGAAGCUGAAAACCUAGCUUCAGUGAUCGAUGCCAGGUUUAACUUUUUCAUAAACAAGAUUUUGCCUCAGUACCGUGAUGCCGUCAUGUCCCACACACUCAUCUAUGUUCCCUCAUACUUUGACUUUGUGCGUCUCCGAAAUUACUUCAAGAAGGAGGAACUGAACUUCACACACAUCUGCGAGUACACCCAGAAGUCUGGUGUCUCCAGAGCCAGACACUUCUUCCUUCAAGGAGAGAAGCAGUUUAUGCUCCUCACGGAGCGCUUCCAUUUCUAUAAAAG